CUUGCAGGUGGGUAGAGUGGAGGUGUACCUUGCGGCGGGGCCAGAGGAGUGCGGAGAUCUCCAGCCUGUACUUGGGACGUCCUUGAGGUCGAAAGGCUGACGAGGAAGGAGAGCCUGGCCUAGUCCAGUUGCUCCUCUGUCGGUAUUGCCCAAGCCCCGCUGACGAUGGAUCAGAGGGAGGGCCACGAUGCUGAAGCUUGGCUGCAACUGAAGCCUGUGGAGCCGUUGCCCUCCCAGUGCUGCGGGAGUGGCUGCUCACCCUGUGUGUUUGACCUCUAUUCCCGAGACCUGGAAAGAUGGGAGGCAGCCCGAGCCAGAAAUGACAGGAGCCUGCUGAGUGGGGAGCAGUCCCCCGAGGCCCAGGGCUGUUCCACCAAGCUGAGUCCAGAGACCUUCCUGGCCUGUCACAUCAGCACCAUAGAGAAACUUACCAAGGACACCUACCAUGUCCGGUUUACACUGCCGGGGAACAGUCAGCUCGGUCUGCAUCCUGGGCAGCACCUCAUCCUACGAGGUAUAGCAGAUGGCUUAGAAAUCCAGAGAGCCUAUACUCCCAUCAGCCCUGUCACUGCGGAAGGAUACUUUGAUGUUUUAAUCAAGUGCUAUCAGACCGGGCUGAUGUCCCGGUACAUGGAGUCCUGGAGAACAGGAGACACAGCUUUCUGGAGAGGACCUUUUGGAAGCUUCUUAUAUGAGCCAAACAAGUAUGGUGAACUCCUCAUGCUGGCAGCGGGCACAGGCCUGGCCCCUAUGGUACCUAUCCUGCAUAACAUCACAGACAAUGCAGAUGAUGAGACCUUUGUCACCUUGGUUGGCUGCUUCAAGACCUUCGAGAGCAUCUACCUGAAGACCUUCCUCCAGGAACAGGCCAGGUUCUGGAACGUGCGAACCUUCUUCGUCCUCAGUCAGGAGGACUCCCCAGAGCAGCUUCCCUGGAGCUACCGUGAGAAGACCCACUUUGGCCGCCUGGGCCAAGAGCUGGUUGAUGAGCUAGUAGCCUGCUGCCGGAGAAAGCCAUUUACGUUAGUCUGUGGCUCAUCGGCAUUUACUGAGGACAUGGCUAGAUGUUUGCAGUCUGCCGGCCUGACUGAGGACUCCUACUUCCUCUUCUAGCCCUAGCCAGGGACAGACCUUGUACAGGGGCACAGGAAGGAGCCCAGACUAGAAUCAGAAGACAUGGAGUCCAGGCCAGACCCUGCUGCUGACUUGCCCAGAGACCUUGGACAAUGUCGUCACCCUUGGAACUUCCUUUCCUGUCUGCUUCAUAAGGUUUGUCCUUCCCUCCUGGCAUCCUGGUGUGUGGAGGGAGGCCAGCAGCGGGCCUGGAAGCCAGGGAAGACUGCUCCAAGGAAGUCAAACGAAUGGAGUCCUGCUGAGCUCAGGAAAGUGGGCAUUGCAAGGAAUCAGGGGUGAGGAGCCUCUCUCGUCCUUCCAGAGGGCCCAGAGUCGGUGUUAAGAGAAUGACUUCGGGGAAAGCUCAGAGCUCUUUGGAGAAUCUUAACUUCUGUACCUUCCGUGGAUUGAACGCAUGCCUUGGUCAAUGACCUGACCGUGUUCUCAGAACAAGGCACUGGACCAUCUCUGUCUCAGUGCCAAGUCUGUCCUGCCGUGAUCAGCUUCAUGCUCAGUCUCUCUUUCCUGGCUUGGCAAGCCAGUCCAGAGUCCUUUCCCCACAAAAGAAGAGGAAUAGAGGCAAAUGCCCCUCCCUCCUGCAGGCAGCCACAUAGCCCGUGCCUUCAGCUCGGUGCCCUGGCGACGGUUGCUAUGGAGAUCUAAAGAUAGAGCAGGAGUCAGGAGACCUGGGUCCCUCUCCCAGCUCUGCCCACUGAGUGGCUGCUGAUCCAGGUCCACCCAGCCCCCACCCCCACCUCCUCCAUCCUGCAUGGGGCAUGCCCUCUCCAGGGAACUUGCUGCCCCUGGGCAUCACGUUGACUUAAUGAAUUCUGCUUUCCACAGCCUGGGCCCCAGUAUGCUGCGCCAGCACAGGCUAGAUACAGGCAGUCCCAGACUUCUAAAGCUCGGCAGUGGAAUGUUAGAAGCUGAGCGGGAGCCUUCAGGAUUAGGCAUUUAUAACCAUAGAGUUGCAGUCUCUCCAGCUGAGCAGCCGCUCUGAUGCCAGAAAACCCUGUCCAGCAGAUUCACUAUAUGAAUGGGGAAACCAAGGCCCCAUGAGUGACUCAGCCUUGCAGUCUCUCAUCUCACCCCUGCUCAUGGUUGUACAUGCUUUUCACACUGGGCUUCAUGGGACACUAGGGAACCUUGCUUGCCAGGUCCCCUUCAGUCACAGCAGAUCUGUGUAGUGGGGCCUAGAGGAGUUUUUGUCAGAAAGAUCUUUGUUUGCUGUUCCGCCCAAAAAAUCACAACAAAUAAACCCCUCUGUCAGGCUGUGUUCACUAUACAGUCGCAGUGAGCUGCUGGGUGGCGGGAAGUUUUCACGCUGAACACUGGGGGCAUGGGACCUCCAUCAUGGUUUACAGGGUGUUAGGUGCAACUUCUCAGAAGCCAUGGUCACCAACACAUUAAAGCUCCAUGGACAUAAGUCAAGACACUUCUUUUUGUUUGGCCCAGGUCCUCAAUCUGCUCUGGGACAUUUUUCUCUGGGUCUCAGGCCUAGUACAGUGUGACAGGAGCCCUGACCAAGAGCCAGAGCUCCCAAGCAUGGUCUGUGUUUUCUUCCCAUUUGCCUAUGACGUGGAACAAGGCACAAGUCCUCUCACGGGGCUUCUGAGAGUCUCACCAUGACUUGCUGAAUCCUGCUGUCCUCAUGGAUCUUCUGACUGUCCCAGGGAACAGCAGCAAAGGUGCCAGGCACAGCCUUUCCACUGGAGAGCGCCAGCCAAGGCACAAGUUAGGACUCAGAGCUCCGAAAGGGUGAGUAUUGUAGAAAUGGGGUCCGUGGUGCUAAAAGAGAGUCAAGCAGGGCUUGAGCCUCGCGUGUAGGACAGGCAGGGACACUCCCCUACCCUGAGGUAGAAGCUUCAAAAGCAACGCUCUUGCUCAUUCCUGGGCUGAUAGGGGCUCCACUUAAGGUGAGGAGUCUAGGGCAGUUCCCACAUACCUCUUUCUGCUACUGUUUUAGAUAUUUGAUGCCUAAACAUUAGAUUAGGCCACCCAGAAGCAACUGACAUCCCCUGUCCUAGGGUGGGUUGCCUUCCUCUUCGCCUCACUCCAUAGAAUUUGGGCAGCCUGGCUACUAGUGGGAUGUUUGUUUGUUUUCGGAGUCAGGGUUUUUCUGUGUAACCCUAGCUAUCCUGGUACUCACUCUAUAGACCAGGCUGGUCUCCAACUCAAAAAUUGACCUGCCUCUGCCUCCUGAAACCUGGGAUUUAAGGUGUGCACCACCACCUCCCGGCUUCCUACUAGUGAGAUUAAUUAUCAUGGAGCAUUGGUGAGGGCACAGAUGUGCCCACAGUGCCAAGAUCCGAAAGCUGUCCUGUCACCUGGGUACUUGAGAGCUCAUGGCUAGUGUUUGCUGUGCCUGGCUGGUAUAGGUAAGCAUCAAAGCGGAUUGACUGGCAUCCAUGAAGUCAUUGGUGUGUGGGUUCUGUCAGCUGGCCCAUUCCUCCUGAUAAUGCCUCUCUCCCUGUAGGCCUUGGGGGUGGAGUGCCCCUUAGUGCUGCCACUGUGUUUAGUGCAGUGGCACUCAUGAUCUGAACAUGACCUAAAGCCCUCAGGAGGCCAACAAAGAGCUCACUGCUCUGUGAGCAGACAGAUCAGCACCCCAAACUCUUCUGCCAUUGACCCCCUCAUCAAUCUGGGAGCACAGCAUGUGCCCCCAUGGCCCAGCCCAGUCACCAUAUUCCCAUCAGAAAGGACGCUCAGCACCUCCUGGAGGCAGAGUACCUGAGCAGAAUUGUACAGUAAUGGACAAGUGGCAGAACUCGCCAUCUAUAGGGAAUCAUGCCGUUAUAUUACCCCAGGUUAGAGACACAAGCUAAGCCACUGAGCCACCAAGUUCAAGCAUUGUAAUUUUUUAAAAAAGUUAUAUGAUAUGUGAGUACACCUGGGGGUACAUGUAAAGACUUCUGUUCCUGUAUGGCGUGAGACAGUCAAAACUAAAAUUUAUCCAUGGAAAAGUGAA